AUGUCUCAAAACGAAGGGCAUCUACGCCCAAAGAAACUCAUCUUCGCACCAGGCGAUAUAUCAGCAACCCCAGAACUCGAAGCGACCGAAACCCCGGCAACGCAAGCCGACUCAUCUACUGCCCUCCGCUCCGAAACAUCCACGCCCAAUUCCGAAACCGAAACCGAAAUCAUCUCCCACCCCGCAAGAGCCCACCAGUUCAUCACAAACCCACCCCUCACCGUCUCCCAAAUCCACGGCACAAACCCCCUCCACCAAUUCCACUCCUGGUUCAAGGACCCCCGCCUGUUGCCCAGCUCCGCCCCAGAAACCUGCACUCUAGCAACCGCUUCUCUACCCUCCGGCCGCGUCAGCGCCCGCGUCGUCUACCUGAAAGAGCUAGACGAGCGAGGCUGGGUUGUCUACAGUAACUGGGGUAGCCGCGAAGGCAAAGGCGGACAAGUCUUCGGCAACGAAGAGGGGGGAUCGACUAAGCUCCCCGAGCCAUCCGAGGCUGCAGCGUCGCACCUGGGUAACAGAUGGGGUGCGCUGACAUUCUGCUGGGCAGCCGUCGAGCGCCAGGUGCGUAUUGAGGGAAAAUUUGAGCCGCUUAGUCGGGAGGAAAGUGAGCUUUAUUGGCGGACUCGCGAGCGGGGUAGUCAGAUUGGAGGUUGGGCUAGUUGGCAGAGUAAGGUCCUUUGGUCUGCGCAGCCGGCACAGAUGGAAGAGCGUCAGAGACGGAAAAGUGUUGCGAAAGUGCAGGAGGCGGAGGCUGGGAGUGACGCGCUUGCGAAGCUUGAUCAGACGGAUAUUGAUGAUGGAAGAGCGGCUCUUGAGCAGCGGGUGAAGGAUAUGGAAAAGAAGUUUGAGGGUGUGAAGGAUAUCCCGCUUCCGCCUUUCUGGGGUGGUGUGCGCUUGGUUCCGGAGUCUGUGGAGUUUUGGCAGGGGAGGAAGAGUCGGUUGCAUGAUCGAUUUAGGUAUGUUAGGGAGGGAGAGGAUGGACAGUGGCGGUUGCAGAGACUUUCUCCAUGA